AUGGCUCGUCCUUCGUCGGCGACUGCAACAGCGACGAAGCUUCUCGCAAUCAAACCAGAGGAUUACGCUCACAGUCCGGUCCAUUACGCCGUCGUUUUGGGAGAUCACGGUGUACUCACUCGUCUUCUUUCUUCCUUGCCGAAGUUAGGAGAUCCAGAGCAGAUCCGAACCGAAUCCGACUCAGUGAGUCAGGAACGAGUCGCGGAUCAGAUCUCCGCCGUGCUUGACCGCCGCGACGUUCCUUCUCGUGAAACGCCUCUUCAUCUAGCGGUUAGACUCGACGACGUGUUCGCAGCGAGAUCGAUUUCGUCAGCCGGAGCUGAUAUUUCUCUCCAUAACGCCGCCGGAUGGAAUCCGUUACAGGAGGCGUUUUGUCGCCGGAAUACUGAGGUUAUGAAAGUGCUUCUACGGCAACACCACCGAUUAGCGUGGUGUAAAUGGCGGAGACGGUUACCUCGUUUGAUUGCUGUUCUCCGUCGUAUGAGAGAUUUCUACAUGGAGAUCUCUUUCCAUUUCGAGAGCUCUGUGAUUCCGUUCGUCGGAAAAAUCGCUCCCUCUGAUACUUACAAGAUCUGGAAACGCGACGGUAACCUCCGCGCUGAUACUACAUUAGCUGGAUUUGACGGAUUGAAAAUCCAACGAGCGGAUCAAAGCUUUUUGUUCCUCGGCGACGGUGACGAAUCUCUCGAUAUCUCUCCUGGAUCUUUGCUUGUACUGAAUCGAGACGAUUGUAAAAUCCUCGACGCAUUUGAGAGUGCUGGAGCUCCGAUUAGCGAUUCGGAUAUCGCCGGGUUCUGUUCUCAGUCAAGCUUGUACCGUCCCGGAAUGGAUGUUACGAAAGCAGAGCUUGUUGGAAGAACGAAUUGGCGGCGGCAAGAGAAGAUGGAAAAUGUCGGUGAAUGGAAAGCUAGGGUUUACGAAGUCCAGAAAGUGUUUUUCAGUUUUAGAUCUCGGAAACUCGUUAACGAUAACGAUUUCGCUGGGAGUGAGCAAGUUCUACCUCUAGAGCUAGACGAAGACGACGAUGGAUUCUUAGUAGCGGAGAAUCCGAGUUUCUCAGCUCCGCCGCGACCACAGAGACGGCAUAGUAGCUUUGUUAAAGAAGAUAGAGAUUUGAUUUCAGUUGGGAGAAAAAGCGUUGAUGUUUAUCCAUCCGUCGCCGCACCACCACAACCACCGCGAAGAUCUGUAACUCAGUUCCAACCACCGCGAAGAUCUGUAACUCAAUUUCAGCCACCGAGAAGAUCAGUUGCUGUACCUUCAACGGUGUCUCCGGUGAAUCUUCCUCCGUCUCCACAGAUCAAAGAGAAGGAGUUCGUGAAAAGCUUACAUCCGUCAGUUUGGUUAACGGAACAAUUUCCGUUAAAAACGGAGGAGCUGCUCCCGUUACUGGACAUUUUAGCCAACAAAGUCAAAGCCGUCGCGAGAAUGCGUGAGCUACUCACCACUAAGUUCCCGCCGGGAACUUUUCCGGUCAAGUUGUCGAUUCCGGUGGUCCCUACGGUCAAAGUAGUCAUCACAUUCACCAAGUUCGUUGAUCUUCCACCGGCGGAGCAAUUUUAUACACCGCUCUCAAGCCCCAGAUUCCUCUCUGUCCCCGGCGAAGACCUAUCCGAUGCUGACGAAAAACCCGACUCUCGGAAUUCUGUUUCGCGGCCUUCGUCGUGGCUGAGACGAGCCGGGAAAGGCUCACAAAGACGGAUAGAUGAGGAGGAGCAACAAAUGCCGGACCCAUUUGCUAUACCAAUUGGGUAUAAAUGGACAAGCAUGAGUCAUAAUAAUAAUAAGUCAGGUAAAAUGAAGCGAUCAAAGUCUACUAAGAGAUCUAAGUGA